AAGAAAAAUGCAGAGUUUGGCGUAGGAUCAUCUUCAUCCAAAGGAAAGGCAAUUGCAGGUAAAAGGGGAGAAAAAUUCAAGGGGGAAUACAACAACAGUGGUAUUCAAGAAGCAGAGAGAAAUAAACUGUUUUUCUUUGAGGGCUCUUCAUAUAAUUUUGAUUUGGAGGAUCUAUUGAGGGCUUUGGCUGAAGUCCUUGGAAAAGGAAGUUAUGGGACUACGUACAAAGCUGUUCUGGAGGAUGGAACAACAGUGGUGGUCAAGAGAUUGAAAGAAGUGGUGGUGGGAAAGAGGGAAUUUGAACAGCAGAUGGAGCUAAUUGGGAAGGUUUGCCAACAUCAGAACAUUGUCCCAUUGCGUGCUUACUACUACUCCAAGGAUGAGAAGCUCUUGGUGUAUGACUAUGUCCCACUAGGUAGCCUUUGUGCUGCUUUGCAUGGUAACAAAGCUGCUGGAAGAACCCCAUUGGACUGGGAGACCAGGGUGAAGAUAACUCUGGGCACAACACGCGGAAUGGCUUACCUUCACUCUGUGGGUAGCGGCGGGAAGUUCAUUCACGGGAACAUCAAGUCAAGCAACAUCCUUCUCUCACAGGAACUCGGCGCCUGCGUCACCGAGUUCGGCCUUGCCCAGCUCAUGUCCACGCCCCCACGUCCACCCACUACACACGGAAUGGCUUACCUUCACUCCGUGUGUCUCAAUCGAGGGGGAGUCACCAACGAACGACCCACAAUUGGAGUUUGAGCAGGACUAGAGAGGAGACGUCAGUUCUUCCUCCUCCGCUCAGUGCGACCAUUGUCCCU